AGGGGCAGAGGAAAAGCAGGGGGAAGCUGACACUGCGAUAAUCCUGGACUCGAAGCUGCAUUACUGUACAAGGACACCCAUGCGUGGUCGAUAAGCAUUCUGAAGGAUGAGUUUCCUUGCUGAUGGAAUGCCUUUGGCCUCAGUCGUGAAUGAGGGAAUAUUAGGCACAGGAAUCAGUAUCAAAGAAGAACUCAGCGAAGAUAUUUCCAAGGAUAUUUGUUUAGAAAUUAAAGAAGAACAGCUCGAUUACGCAGAUCAUGAGAGAGACGAAGUGAGCGACGUGAAAGUGAAACACGAGUGUCUUUUCUUUCAUAAUCUUCAUGACCAAAGGCAUGAAGCAGAUGCAAAGGACUCGUGUGACUUGGCUCAGGAUCAUAGUGACGUGUUAACAGUGCCAUUAGUGGCUAAGGAUUUUUGGAACAACUGUUCACCAGAAGGGGAUUAGGCGAUACAUAAGGACAGUCUUAGGGAUACAGAACCAGAAGUGGAACUGACGCUGAAGCGUCUUGUAUGCGAGGCGUGCGGCAAGAAAUUCUCUAAAAGGAGAUAUCUCAAUAUUCACAUGAGAGUCCACACAAAGGAGAAGCCCUACAGAUGUGAUAUUUGCGACAAGGGCUUCCCAUCCAAAAACAAUCUAGUAAAGCAUAUCAGAGUACAUACAAAGGAAAAGCCAUACAGCUGUGAAAUCUGCAACAAGGCCUUCUCGGAGAAAGGUCCUCUAGUAACGCACAUGAGAAUACACACAAAGGAGAAGCCGUUCAGCUGUGAGAUUUGCAACAAGGCCUUCUCACAUAAAUAUAGUCUUGUUAGGCACACGAGAGUACAUACAAAGGAAAAACUAUACACCUGUGAGAUCUGCAACAAGAACUUCUCACACAGAGAUAGUCUAAUCAGGCAUAUGAGUGUGCACGCAAAGGAGAAGCCAUUCAACUGUGAUAUUUGCCCUAAGGCUUUCCCUUCCAAAAGUGUUCUAGCAAGGCAUAUCAAAGUACAUACAAGGGAGAAGCCAUAUAGCUGUGUGACCUGCAGCAAGGUCUUCCCAGAAAAAGGUCACCUGGCAACACAUAUGAGAGUACAUACAAAAGAGAAGCCAUACAGCUGUGAGGUUUGCAACAAAGCCUUCUCGCAUAAAAUCAAUCUAGUUAUCCAUGUGAGAGUACAUACAAAGGAGAAGCCAUACAGCUGCGAGGUUUGCAGCAAGGCCUUCUCACAUAAAUCUAAUCUAGUUAUCCACAUGAGAGUACACAGAAAAGAGAAGCCGUAAGGCUAUGAAGCUUUUUAUGAAACUGUUACCUAAUGCAAAUUCUUUAUACAAAACUGUUACCUAAUGCAAAAUCUUUUCACGAAACUGCUACCUGGUGCCAAGUACGAGAGAACGCCCAAAAGAGGAGCCAAACGGACGUGAUAUUUGCAACGGGAAAAAUAGAAAGCUAAUCUGUUAAGCCAGUUGAGGGUACAUGCAAAGGAGAAUCCCUACCGAUGUACAGUAGUACAAAUAAAGGAAAAGCCUCAUCUCUUCGAGGUUUGAAACAAAGGCCUUGUCACAGAAGGUGAGAAGAGAUAAGGUUGAGAAUUUGUUUUCUCAGAGUAUAAUGUGGGUCAUACUGGUGAAUACACACAAACCAGAACCAUACAGAUAUUUGCUUGACCUUAUAUCUCUGAGGUCUAGAGACAUACUUUCACUCAGAGAAGACAGCUCGUGGGCAACGCGAACUGCAUCGAAGAGCAUAAUAUUUCCCCUAACAUUUUUGGGGAAGAAUUGCCCGAAAUUUUGGUGGAUAUCAUUUUCCAAUUUAUGCACGUGAUGUGUAAUUCUUGCCCGGCAUAAUGAACUUUCAUGUGUUAAACAUGUAUAUAAGUGUCCAUGGAUUUUUUUUUUGUUCAAGUAAACUCAUGUGUGCUGUUACUAAUUAUAUAAAUAUGUAUGUGUUUGGUUGAGUGCAUAUGUAUAUAUAUGUAUGUGUAUGUAUGUCCAUGUGUGUGUGUAUGAAUAUAUAUUAAAUAAAGUAGUUUUAUAAUUGAAUUCCCUCACAUAAGUAAAUAAAUUUUUGAGUUUUGUAAUAAUUAUUAUUGAUAAAUAUAAUGAUCUGAAAAUACUAAGGAAUUAUAUACUACAAUAACGAGAUAGAGUUGUCAGAUGUAAAUAAUGCUGAGCCAGCGGUCUCGAACUGGAACUUGGAGGUGAGACACACGGUCUUGCAGCAUUUUCGAUUAUGGUUCAGCUGUUACUCUAAUGUGGAUCAUAUACAAAGUUUCCAACAUAAUUAUUUGAUGAUUUAUACAAUGGUUGGUAUACAUUGAUACGUUAUACUUACGCACUUGUGGGUCUUAACCCCUUGGUGCCGGCUAUGACGUGUACGUACGUGCUAUGCCCACCGUGAGUACUUGUUUGAUUGUUUUUACGCAUAGAUGGCAACACUUGUACUAAAUCACCAAUGAGCCAGUUACGAGUACCGCCCGUCUCGCCCGUUUACCCGUUUCUUUGAUUUACGAAAUAUUUUACGUAAUCUUAUUUUGCUGUUACUAAUGUUAAAAAACAUAAAAAUGAUAAUGUUUAUGAUAAAAAUAACACCAUCGAUUUUCAUAGCAGUAGUGAAAAAUACGUUUUUCCCGCCAUUUAAAUCGGGCGCUAGCAGAGCCAUCUAUCGGCAGACAUUUCACGAAAAACAUAGAAAGUGGGCACAGCAUUUUCUCAAUUUUUUGUUCAUUUUCUCCGACACCAUUGGGUUAAAUGUUUCCGAUCUUUUUCUGAUGACCCGAUUUCUCUAUCAACUCUCUUAAUGAUUUACUUCAACAUAUUACAUCAAUAAACCAUAUAUUGAUUUAUUUUUUUCCCAAUCUAUUAGUGGGAAGUCCUCUUCAGUACUAACUUGCGUGUAAUUUAGGCAUAUUUUCUUUUUUGUUCAGUGCAAGGAAUAAUUUCACCGAUCAGUGUGUCAACAUCUCUAUGUUGCUUUUUGGUCUUUACCAGAGGGUAUGGUGUAUUUCCUUUUGAGAAUACAUUUGUAGACCUGUA